AUGGCUUCAUUACCAUCAACAAAUGAUCGGUCUUCCUACAGUGACAAACAGGUCGUGGCGAGCAUGGACCAUGGCAAAGAAGUUGUCGCAACCACCCAGCCUUAUCCCGACGCGUACACAUAUGCUAAUCCCAACAAUACCAACAAUGAUAGCUCAAGAGGCGGAGGAGACGGAGGUCUUGAGGUUGUUAACGAUCUCCUUGCGAGCGAUAAUGCGAGGCCAGCGUGGUCCGGACAGAAUCCAAAACGGAGGAUAUGUGGGCUCAGCAGGAGGGCUUUUAUAAUUGUGAUCGCAGUUGUGAUGGCAUUGGCUGUGGCUGCCAUCAUCGGAGGCAGUGUGGGAGGCGCGCUUGCCAGUAGAAAUAAUUCAGGGAGCUCUCAAGGUCAGGCUGAUGCUGUAGAGUCGAGCAGCACGUCUGCAGCGACCACGCAGACCACCGCAACAGCAACCAGCACAACACCGACUACUACGAGUACAAACGAGCCGGUGAUCCCCCCAACCAUCUCAUCGUCGUCGGUAUCCUCGAGCAGGACCUCCACCUCCACCUCCUCUGCCGCGACACCCACUUCCUCCGAAGGAAGCUACAACUGCCCCUCAGACAACAACAAAUCUUACGUCUCCUCCCUACUGAGCGAUGCAACCUGGACUAUCCUCUGCGACACAGACUGGCCGGUGGGCGUCGACAGCUUCAGCGGAGGAACUGUAGAGGACAUCACUGCCGUGGUGGCGUACAGCAUUGAAUCUUGCAUCGACCAAUGUGCUGCAUACAACGUUGCUGGCGGCCCUUGUGGGGCGGUUGUUUACGGCGCCAAUAUUACCCUUGCACUUAGCAGGGGCGGGGUCCAAGGCAAUUGCUUUUUAAAAAGUGAACGCGGAGCAGAGAAUAUUUUUGAUAAUAGCGGGCAGGUAGAGGCUGCGUAUCUAUCCUCGCAAUAA